AUGUGUAUCAUUUUCAGGGUGUUAGUUGAGGAUGUUCAACAACUCAUAAAGAAACAAAAACACACAAAUGUGGCUCUUACGCCCCGUGGUACUUCUUUGUAUUAUGAGAUGUAUCAUCCACUAGAAGAGAUUUAUUUGUGGAUGUCACAAAUUACGAAAGCGUACCCAUCUGUCAUUGAAAAAAUACUUAUUGGAUCUUCAUCUGAGAAGCGACUAAUUUAUGUGCUAAAGGUUUUCAAUGGGACCACCUCACCCAGGGGUGCAUUGUGGAUUGAUUGUGGCAUCCAUGCCCGUGAAUGGAUAUCGCCUGCCUUCUGCCAGUGGUUCAUACAUUACCUGGUCACUGCACAGAACAGGGUCCUCACUAACAUCCUGAAAUCGUUCGAAAUAUAUGUUCUCCCCGUCUGGAACGUCGAUGGCUAUGAGUAUUCAUGGACAACUACCCGCUUCUGGAGGAAGAACCGCUCCAAAUAUAAUGGGGAUCAAUGUGUAGGAACGGAUCUGAACCGGAACUGGGAUGCGAGCUGGUGUGGCCCUGGAGCAUCAAAUGACCCAUGCAGUGAUACAUAUUGUGGACGUUAUCCCGAGUCUGAACCAGAGGUGAAAGCUGUAGCUGCCUUCAUCAGGAAGAGAUUAGAUCACAUCAUAAGCUACAUUUCAAUACAUUCAUACUCUCAAAUGGUUAUGUUUCCAUAUUCCUACAAAUUUUCUAAAUCUAAGGAUCAUGAUGAAUUGAAUUAUGUGGCAUGGAAGGCAGUCACUGCCGUCAGGUCAGUACAUGGCACCAGCUACAGUUUUGGAAACUCAGCAAAAACGAUCUAUUUAUCCAGUGGAUGUUCAGAUGACUGGGCGUAUGACUUGGGCAUCAAAUAUUCAUUUACCUUUGAACUUCGCGACACUGGGACAUAUGGCUUUUUACUUCCAGCUUCCUUCAUAAAACCAACUUGUGAAGAAGCUACAGCUGCUGUGAGCGAGAUUCUACACUAUAUUGUCCAAACGAUUUGA